AUGAAUGGUAUUCAAGUUGAUAUAAAUAGACUUAAAAAAGGUGAAGUGAGUUUGGGUACUUCUAUUAUGGCUGUUACGUUUAAAGAUGGUGUUAUUCUGGGGGCAGACUCUCGUACAACUACAGGUGCUUAUAUUGCAAACCGUGUUACUGACAAGUUGACCAGGGUUCAGGACAAAAUAUGGUGUUGUAGAUCAGGUUCUGCUGCAGACACUCAAGCUGUUGCUGAUAUUGUUCAAUACCAAUUGGAGUUAUAUACUGCCCAAUUCGGUGAACCUUCUACAAAAGUUGCUGCUUCGAUCUUCAAAACAAUGUGUUACGAUAAUAAAGAUAAUCUAAGUGCAGGUAUAAUUGUUGCUGGGUUUGAUGAUAAGGAAAAUAAAGGUGAAGUAUACAGUAUUCCACUAGGUGGAUCUUUACAUAAGCAAAAGUAUGCCAUCGCAGGAUCUGGAUCAACUUUUAUUUACGGUUACUGUGAUAAAAAUUAUAAAGAAAAUAUGACAAAAGAUGAAACUGUAGAUUUCAUGAAACAUUCUUUAUCACAAGCAAUUAAAUGGGAUGGUUCUUCUGGUGGUGUAAUUAGAAUGGUUGUUGUAACAAAGGAUGGUGUCGAACGUCUAAUAUUCUAUCCAGAUGAAUACGAAAAUUUAUGA